AUGGCACGCAACGGCUCCCGGGAGGGGAGCGAGGGGGCAAGCAAUGAGAAUGACGAGGACGACGCUGAUGAUGCGGACGAUAGUUGGAAUGACGAUGACGAAAACUACCUAUCGAACUUGCUGUCCGCACUCAACGAGGAGGAGGCGGAAGACAACAAACGGGUGCGGGGUACGCGGAGGGACAUUGAGGUCCCUAUUGCGGAUUGGAACAGGCUAGGUGUAGAUGACACGCCGGCCGCGAAACAAGAGAUGUGCUACGGAAUCCUCUACGGUGUCUCUGAGGCCACGCUGAAGAAGUAUCACGGUUGGGCCAACGAGUACAAGCGGUUCAUGGCUCACGAGUUGCCUAAACUAAACGCGGGUAGGUUUGGUGAUGAGGCCGCGUUGAGAAACGCGAACCCCGAUGAGAUAGGGGCCGCGCUCGAACAGAACAUGGGUGGUGACUGGAAGAUGGCGGAGGGCGACGAGCAGUGGUUCCACGGCCGUGAGACGAAUCCGUGGCGCUUACGCAAAUACGUGAACUUCCUCGCGAACGAGACAGUCGCGCAGGCGGACAGGAUGGCCACACUCAAGCGGUCAGAGAAGACCUUGAAGAAGAGACGCCAGUGCACCCCGGCAAUGCUGAUGGGGCGUCUCAAGGCUUUGAACCUGCUCAUCAAGCUGGACGGGGCCAUCUUCAGGAAGCCCGUUCUGAACUUGCUACGCGACUUUGCGGAGUGUCGCAUCUGGGUCCGCGUUCAAGUACGCGACCAGUACAAGCGGUUUAUCGCGGAACAUAUGGAUCGCCAUCGGGGCACGGCCGCAGACACGUACACCCCGGACGAGUUCAAGCAUAUGAUGCGGAAGACCAGCAUGGACGCGAUCUUGACCAGCUUCACACUAGCCAAGAAAGCAUACACGUAG